AAAAUCGCGUAUUAUCUUUCACAAACAAAAAGUAAAUUUGCGAAAUAUACAUUGUAUGUGAACUUGGUUGUCCCCCAGACAUGGCCACCUUAUUUUUUCGAUCUGGACGUUUGGUCGAAAAGCUUGGAAUAAAACAACACUUGAAGGUACUGUCGGCUGCCAAUAACAUUACCUUACAAAAUGUGUGGAGUGGCCAGUCCCAGCAGAAACGAAACCUUUCAAUACAUGAGCACAUGUCCAUGGAACUACUUCGAGAUGCCGGUAUUGCAGUUCCUAGAUUUCGAGUGGCAACAAAUAGUGAAGAAAUUUAUAAGGAUGCAAAAGAAAUAGCCGAGUUGACUGGCACUCCAGAUGUGGUGGUGAAGGCUCAAGUUCUGGCAGGUGGACGUGGGAAAGGAACAUGGGACAGUGGACUCAAAGGGGGAGUGAAAUUAGUGUACUCAGCUAAAGAGGCCAAGGAGAUUGGCAGUAAAAUGAUUGGUCACAAGCUCUUCACAAAACAGACAGGGAGUGAAGGCCGCAUCUGCAACAAGGUGAUGGUGGUUGAGAGGCUGUACCUCAGGCGAGAGUUUUACUUUGCAAUCACUUUAGAGAGAACCUAUGGGGGCCCCGUUUUAGUUGGCAGCGCUCAUGGGGGUGUCAAUAUUGAGGAAGUGGCAGCGGAAAAUCCCAGUGCAAUCAUCAAGGAACCCAUUGACAUCAUUGCAGGCAUCUCCAGAUCACAGGCCUUAUAUGUGGCUAAAAAGAUUGGAUUCAGCUCUGCGGCAAUAGAGAAGGCAACAGAUUAUAUCAUGAAGAUGUACAAUGAUAUUUUCAUUAAAUAUGAUGCCUCUAUGCUGGAGAUCAACCCAAUGGUGGAGGAUAACUCUGGUCAAGUUUACUGCAUGGAUGCUAAAAUCAACUUUGAUGACAAUGCUGCCUUCAGACAGAAAAGCAUUUUUGCCUUGAGAGACUGGUCUCAGGAGAAUGAGAGAGACUGCAGAGCUGCACAGUCUGACCUGAAUUACAUAGCUCUGGACGGAAACAUUGGUUGCUUGGUUAAUGGUGCUGGCUUGGCUAUGGCUACCAUGGAUAUUAUCAAGCUGCAUGGAGGGGCUCCAGCAAACUUUCUUGAUGUUGGUGGAGGUGCUACAGCACAACAAGUCACUGAGGCCUUCAAACUUAUCACAUCAGAUCCCAAAGUAAAUGCAAUCUUAGUGAACAUAUUUGGAGGUAUCAUGCGCUGUGAUAUUAUUGCUCAAGGGAUUGUGGCAGCUGCAGGAAGUCUGAGCUUAAAGAUUCCCAUUGUGGUUAGGUUACAAGGAACCAAGAUGGAUGAUGCUAAAGCCUUAAUAGCUAAUAGUGGACUUAAAAUUAUAGCUAUUGAUAAUUUGGAUGAGGCAGCCAAAAUAGUAGUGAAACUGUCAAAUAUUGUCACACUUGCCAAGGAAGCAUCAAUUGACGUCAAGUUUGAACUACCUUUGAAAUCCUAAUGUUGUUUGAAUAGUAGGCCAUUCAAGUCUUCUUUGUGAUAACACUACACACCUCCGCUGAGUAAAAUGCUUUAAACUACCUAGAAACAGAUGAAGACUGAAAGAGAGAGAGAGAGUUUGUGCUGAAUGUAUUUAUAAGUCACAUUAAGGAUGACAAAUGUUAGAUAUUUAUAUAUGUGAGUGAUGAAUGUUUAUAUUUGACUGUGGUUCCCUUGUAUUUCUUGGGCAGUGAUCAUAUAUUGGAGUGACUUUUGUGAGUUUGAUUAAUUCCUUAAUAGCUUGUACAUCAUAGAGUUCAUCAUACUCAGUCUGUUUUUAUAUUUUCAUGAGACUUAAACAUUUAUGUCAUACAGUUACUUUUAUAUCAUUAAUCUUAAUAGUGCAAGACUAAAAUUUGAACAUAAUAUAGUCCAUGAAUGUGUUUUGACUAGUUUGUUACAAGUUCAUUAUAAACUAAAAUUGACCCUUUAAUUUGUAUCAGGUGUGCCCUAGAUAUGUAGUUGACAGCUGUAUGUUAUAAAAUUGUUCAGACUUGAAAGCAAUUUAUUGACCAACAUAUACAGAUUCUAUCUAUCUGUAUGGCAUGUACAUCUUACUCAUUCUGUUUAUAAAAUUUCCUUGAGACUCAAACCUGUAUGUCAUACAGUUACUUUUAUAUCAUUAAUCUUAGAGUGCAAGACUCAAAUUUGAACAUAAUAUAGUCCAUGUGUGUGUUUUUACUAGUUUGUUAUACUAAGAUGUUAAUAAUAGAAUAGUGACACUUGAGUGUGUUUCCCAUGAUAUCAUCAAAUUGCUAGUUGCACACUGCUCCAGAUUUGACAUGCUGUUACGAGGUUUGACUGAAUGCAGCCACUAAGAAGGAGAGAGAGAGAGAAGAGAGAAUGAAGAGAGAGAAUUAAAAAAAAACUAAACGCUAAUAACAUUAUGCCAUUAUUCUUGUGUAUGCCAUACCCCAGUCAUUGAAUGUAGCAUAAGAAAAAAUAGUUGAGAUGAUGAUUGUAGAGGUGCCAGAGGUUCAUGAUGAGCUCCCAAUGAUGGCUAGUGAGUCCAAGGAAAGUCAACAAAACCUAUAUGAAGAUAUGAAAGUAACUUUUCAUGUUGAACCGAUACAAUGAAUCAAUGGCUAGAGCGAACACUACCCUUAAUACUUUGGCACGGAUUGAACUUUUGUAUUAGAAGCAUUCCGUAAAUACUGUUGUUUAUAACUGACCUGAGGCUGAUGCUUUAUACUUUGUUAUCUUAUUAUUAUUGAUUGUGUAUUGAUAAGCUCAAUGUUUCUCAAACUAAAUGCCAUUAGCCCUUUCUUGAUUUCCAGGUGUUCCUAUCAUAGUUCCCAGUACUCAAUCUUCAACUGUUAAUCCCUCUUUUGUUUAGUUGACGUCCAUUCACACCAGAGGUACUAGCAGCUCCUUCUUGAUUUCUAGGCUGCUAAUCCCUCUUUUGUAAAUUUAUGCCCAUACACCCUGUCCUGCAAGACAGCUUUCCUUUCAGAUUUUCUUCAAAUCUACAUGCAUUAACAUAAAAAAAUUGAAAGGUCAAGCCAUGGCUUGAGAAACAUUGAAGGAAUCUAUUGUUACUGUUAAAAUGGGCAAAAGGAAAUGAUCAAAGCUCUUCAAAGAUAUUUUGUUGUUAGUAUAACAUAUCAAUACAAUCUGCUGGGGAAUAUUUACAUUCUAUUUGAGACUGCUUUUAGUGUUAGAUAUAUUUUUUGAGACAUUUUUAAUAAGAGUGAAAAAAAAAAUAAACUAUAGAAAUAUUUUA